AUGCCAAUCUACUUCUGGCACUAUUACUCGACUGUAUGUGCGGCCUGGAAGCUCUUUUUUGAAGGCGCACUUGGUGUCUUGUCUGGUAUAUUUCCGCUCUUUAUCAGAUCCUAUCCUCAUCAGUCCAAUGACACAGUCGGCGGAACAUCGAACUACACCUAUACCAUACGGCCGCUAUUUCAGUCUGAUCUGAAAAUACUAGGCAUAGGAGCUUCCGGCCAAGUCUACGAGGUUGACGAUGACAUUGUCCUCAAGAGCUGUCGCGUUUUCGAACAACCCGGGAGCGACGCCUCUGACAGCAACCGAUACCACUACGCCUCAGAUACCAUCUUCCACUCUAGCUUGUUACAGGAUGAGCGAGCCGUUCUACGACUGUUUCAGCAGUGGCCCCAUCCAAAUAUCAUCGAAGCUAUCGACACUGAUCAAGCAGAGGGGGUAUUUCUUCGCAGAUAUUCUCCGUUACCGGGAGGUGAGAUACCUACACAGCCUACCAGAAUUCGGUGGUAUCGUGAGAUCACCACUGCUCUUUGUCAUAUUCAUAAGCUUGGAAUUGUUCAUGCUGAUAUACGGAUUGACAAUAUCCUCUUUGAUAAUCGGGGCUCUGCUAUUCUUUGUGAUUUCAGUGCUGCUAGUCCGUUUGGUCAACCAAAUCUAGUUAUCUCAGAUCUACCGCUUCCGGUCAACGGCCCUUCGCCAAAUCUGUCCGAGGUAACUGAUCUCUUUGCAAUGGGCUCUCUACUAUUUCAACUAGAGCAUGGCUUCAAACCCGAGUUUUCUAUGAAUACAGAUGGGGAAUUGAAAUUGCCUGAGAUACAGACCAAUAAUCAAGGAAUCGAGGCAAUUAUUCGAAAAGCUUGGCUUGGACAGUACAGUCGCGCCUCGGAGAUGUUAGAGAAUCUUGAUUCAUUCCACACUCCGAUUAGCCAAGGUUUUCAUGAUACCCAAGCACACUCAAUUGCCUUAUUGAAAGAGCGGAUUAGGGCUUGGAGAGAAAGACGCGAAAUCCAUACUGGCUCUGUCCUCGAUGGCAUACUCUCAGAAGAGCAGCUACAAGUACUAGCUGAUUGUUAUGGCCUGGAUAAAGAUGCUGAAUCACGUUUUAUUGGCUAUGAUGUGCCUUUGCAGCUAAAUGAGUGA